AACCCCCACCUCAUCUUCGCAGUACUGCAUCUGCAGCCGCUCCUUUCACUCCGCCUGCUCUUUUCUCGAUCAAUUCCACCUGUUUUUAACUGGUUUUUCGACUUCUCUGAUUAAAGCCAGCAAUUGCGUUUGCUUGUAGGUAGGAUUUGAAGGUUUUUUUUUAUUUGCUGUGAUUGUUUUAGAGGGUGUGUAAAGGGAUUUGCUAGAGAGAUGGACAAGGAUUUUGAUAUUCCUGAUGCUAGAGAGAUGGAUAAGGAUUUUGGUAUUCCUGAUGCUGGAGAGAUGAAUGAGGACUUUGAUCUUUCUGAUGAUUCCCCUGCUUUGAAAGUGGGUGAGGAGAAGGAGAUUGGGAAAGAGGGUCUCAAGAAGAAGCUUGUCAAUGAAGGUUCAGGAUGGGAGACUCCUGAGAAUGGGGAUGAAGUUGAAGUGCAUUAUACUGGCACACUCUUGGAUGGAACCCAAUUCGAUUCAAGCCGUGACAGAGGGGCGCCAUUCAAGUUCAAGCUCGGCCAAGGGCAAGUAAUCAAAGGAUGGGACCAAGGGAUCAAAACCAUGAAGAAGGGGGAGAAAGCCAUCUUCACCAUCCCCCCUGAACUUGCCUAUGGUGCCUCUGGUUCUGAACCUACAAUACCACCCAAUGCCACCCUCCAGUUUGAUGUGGAGCUUCUCUCUUGGUCGAGUGUGAAGGAUAUUUGCAAGGAUGGUGGCAUAUUUAAGAAGAUCCUUGCUGAAGGAGAGAAAUGGGAGAACCCCAAGGACUUAGAUGAGGUUUUAGUGAAAUACGAAGUGAGACUUGAGGAGGAUGGUACAAUUGUUUCAAAAUCAGAGGGGGUGGAGUUUACAGUGAAGGAGGGGUAUUUCUGUCCUGCUCUGUCGAAGGCUGUAAAAACCAUGAAGAAGGGAGAGAAAGUACUGUUGACUGUGAAGCCUCAGUAUGGUUUUGGUGAGAAGGGAGGGGAAGCUUGUGGGGAAGAAGGGGCUGCUGUUCCAUCCAAUGCCACCCUCCAUGUUACUCUUGAGCUGGUGUCUUGGAAGACAGUCUCUGAGGUGACUGAUGACAAGAAGGUGCUCAAGAAGGUACUCAAGGAAGGAGAGCGCUAUGAGAAACCCAAUGAUGGUGCAGUUGUGAAAGUUAAGUUCACUGGGAAGCUGUUGGAUGGCACGGUGUUUGUCCAGAAAGGUUCUGAUGAGAAGCCAUUUGAGUUCAUGACUGGAGAAGAGCAAGUGAUCGAAGGGCUUGAUAGGGCAGUGAUGAGCAUGAAGAAAGGGGAGGUAGCGUUGGUGACCAUCUCCCCUGAAUAUGCCUUCUCAUCCGUAAAUACGCAACAGGACCUGGCUGUAGUGCCUGCUAAUUCUACAGUGCAGUAUGAUUUGGAGCUUAUGUCUUUUGCUAAGGAGAAGGAGUCUUGGGACAUGAACACAGCAGAGAAAAUUGAAGCGGCCAGUAAAAAGAAGGAAGAAGGCAAUGCCCUGUUCAAAGUGGGCAAAUAUCUAAGAGCUUCCAAGAAAUAUGAGAAGGCUGCCAAGUACAUUGAAUAUGACACUUCAUUUAGUGAGGAGGAGAAGAAACAGUCCAAGCAACUCAAGGUGACCUGCAACCUCAACAAUGCUGCAUGCAAACUCAAACUGAAAGACUAUAAACAGGCGGAGAAGCUCUGCACCAAGGUACUGGAUCUGCAGAGCAAAAAUGUGAAGGCUCUAUACAGGAGGGCACAGGCCUACAUUCAUACAGCAGAUCUGGAUUUGGCAGAGCUUGACAUUAAGAAAGCUCUGGAGAUCGAUCCUGACAAUAGGGAUGUGAAGCUAGAGUACAGGACAUUGAAGGAGAAACUGAAAGAGUACAACAAAAAGGAGGCCAAGUUUUAUGGCAAUAUGUUCAGUCGAAUGAGUAAACUGGAGCAACUGGAAUCUAAUAAGGCUAACCAGGCAAGUAGCAAGCAAGAGGAGGAACCAAUGAACAUUGAUGGAGAGGCAGUGGCGGCAGCCUAGAGAGUGAUGGUCUCGAGUCUAUUUGGUUCCACUCCACGAGCACAAUUGAGAAAUGCAAGUGGGUGGUGUGGUUGCUAGUUCAUAUUAGAGUGUCUCUGAAACAGAAAUGACGUGUCAAGUGUUGUUAAUCGCAAGGUACAUUAUACAUAGGUUUCAUAUGGAGUUAUUAAUCUUAACUGUCUGGUUGAGUGAGUUCUAUGAGUGAGAGCUGACAAGUUACCCGCUGUAAGCACUGGGCCUUAACACUUUUUAAAAUUACACGCUCUUUCUACUUGUUCAAAAAAACUUCUGGUUAAUGUUACCCUUUCUGAAUGUCGAAUUGAGACACCAAUGAUCUGUAGAA